GACACGGAAAUACUCUCCAUAUCAAAGGACGCCGAAUCUUGUUGGACACGGCGUGUAAUUACACAUUACACUUCGCAUGCGACCCCUUUGAUAUGCGCUCUGUGGCACCGUCACCCGCGAGUGUGCCAUGCGCAUGAUUUGUCGCCAUGUGACGCCUCCAGCUGUAUCAUUGUCUACACUAUUCGCACCGGCACGGCUUUGGCAAUGGCUGAGAGGCGUUCGUCUCGUCGUGCUUGUUGCUUGUCUGGCUUCGAUAGCCACCGUACACGCGCAGACACCUGGCCAGAUCAAGGCCCUCAGAAAGGAGGCUGAGGAUCUCUUCUAUCAUGGCUUCGAGAAUUACAUGUCCUAUGCCUUCCCCGAGGAUGAGCUGCGUCCCAUAUCCUGCAAGCCCUUGACACGCGACCGCGACAACCCAGCGCACAUCGAAGUCAAUGACCCUCUGGGAAACUACUCCUUGACCCUCAUCGAUAGUCUGUCCACUCUCGCGAUAUUAGCCUCCAAUCCCUCGAGUUCAAAGCACAAUAAACCUCUGCGGCUGUUUCAGGACAGCGUCAGGGAUUUGGUCGAGCAGUAUGGAGAUGGCUCGGACGGGCCGUCGGGUCAAGGGCUAAGAGCAAGAGGAUUCGAUCUGGACAGCAAGGUGCAGGUCUUUGAAACAGCGAUACGAGGUCUUGGUGGGCUGUUGAGCGCUCAUCUAUUUGCGGUCGGCGAGCUACCGAUCCGUGGCUACGAUCCUCCUCAAAGGCAGGUUGCAUAUGCUGAAGUAUGGCAGAAGGAUCAGUUCGAUGGCAAAAGACAAGGCAUCCGUUGGCCUAAUGCAUUUGAAUAUGACGGUCAACUCCUCCGGCUGGCAUAUGACCUUGGCAAUCGCCUGAUUCCAGCUUUCUGGUCUUCAACUGGCAUACCGUAUCCUCGCGUCAACCUUCGGCACGGGAUCCCGUUUUACGUCAAUUCUCCCCUGAACUCUCAUGCCGAGAACGGUCAAUGUGAUGCUCGCUCGGGAUCAGUCGAAAUCACCGAGACAUGCAGUGCCGGUGCUGGAAGUUUGGUUCUUGAGUUUACAGUCUUGAGCCGGCUGACUGGAGAUCCUCGCUUUGAGGAACUCGCGAAAAGAGCUUUCUGGGCGAUCUGGCAGAGGCGUAGUGCUAUUGACCUGAUUGGAGGUGGAAUCGAUGCAGAAAGUGGAAAUUGGAUCGGUACUUGGACAGGCAUCGGUGCUGGCAUCGAUAGCUUUUUCGAAUACGCUCUGAAGUCCCAUAUCCUUCUGUCCCGGGAAGCUCAUCCGGUCUACAGCAGCGUGGACGGCUCACAAGAUCCGAGAAUCCUCCAUCAAUCCUUAUCUGUGGGAGACUCGACUUCUGAGGCCUUUCUCGAUGCUUGGAACGUUGCUCAUGCCGCGAUAAAGCGACACCUCUAUCGUGGAUCGACGUAUCAACACCCACACUAUAUCCAAGCUGAUUUCUCCACUGGCGCAGCCAGGGGGUUCUGGAUUGACGCUUUGAGUGCAUAUUAUCCUGGCCUUCUCACGCUUGCCGGACACGUUGACGAAGCUGUGGAAACCCAUCUUCUACAGACGGCCCUCUGGACAAGGUUCUCUGCUCUUCCGGAGCGGUGGAAUCUCGUGACUGGAGGCAUUGAAGGCGGGCUUGGUUGGUGGAUAGGCCGACCAGAGUUCAUCGAGUCUACAUAUUAUCUCUACCGCGCCACAGAAGAUCCGUGGUAUUUUCACGUCGGGGAAAUGGUACUGCGGGAUAUCAAACGACGAUGUUGGACGAGGUGUGGUUGGGCCAGCAUCCAAAACGUGCUGACCGGCGAGCAGACGGACAGGAUGGAGAGCUUCUUUCUCGGAGAAACUGCCAAAUAUCUCUUUCUCCUUUUCGAUCCGACACACCCUCUCAAUCAGCUCGAUGAGCCUUUCGUCUUCACCACUGAAGGCCAUCCAUUGAUUAUCCCUCGAAGCGUUGACAACGGCUCCCACCGUGAGGCUGUUUGGCAUCCAUUACGCGGCGAAGAGUCAUUCUGUCCCGUCAAGCCCUCACCCCUGCCACUGACCAUUUCCAGUAUUGCCUCGAGGGGUGAUGUCUAUCAUGCAGCUAAUCUGGCCAGACUUCAUCUCAUGCCUCACAGGGACAAUGUCGAAUCUGCCCUCGGUGAAUACGCGGCGGACCAUCCGAGCAUUACGCUACUGGAUAUCAGCUCACCUUCCAAUCAUACAUAUUACCCAUGGACGCUACCCCCAGAGCUAGUCCCUUGGAAUGCCUCGAGCUCACUCAUCCCAACUAGACCAACACUCGACAUUUCCUUCCCUGCGAUAUCCCCCGCAGGCCAACCUGUUCCUCCUCUCCAACGCGUGAAAGAUGGGAUCUUGGUCAAUGCAAUCGGUGGCUUGCGGCUCGGAAUGAUUCAGGAUUACCCUUUACUUUUCGACGACGGAUUCCACGAUACAUUCCGCAUUCAAACAAUUAACAACAUUCCUCUGGGCAAAGAUGAAAAGGUGUACCUGGCGCGUGACACAGGCAGGGAUGUCCUCAGCCCGGCAGAUCCCAAUUUUAUGCGCAUUCGCGACGCCGUUAUGCUGGAUAUGGUACUCGAUCUGGAAGGGUCGAUUGAAGACUCGGACGCUGGAAAAUCCGAUACGCCAGCGGCGACUACAGCAGGCCAGAAAUCUGAAAAUGAUGGGGAACCCUCGUUGAUAAUGAAUCUUCCACAAUUCGAAGAUGGCGCGAACGACGGCGCCAUGCGGGCGGCAUGGAACGCCAUCGUCUCUCAGAUCUCGAGCCUCAUCAGAGAAAGCCGUGCUCCAUCUCCCUGGCCCUUCUCAACGCCUCUUUCACUUAUUACACCCCCAGCAACGAAGCUUGCCUCUUCCUCCUCAGUGUCCUCAACAAAGGGCGGAGGAGGCAAUGUGCUACGGUACCACCUCUCCGCGGUAACGCCCACAGGACCGGGUGCCGCACCACUGCCAGACUGGCCUGAAGUCUCCACCCUGCUAUCAACCGGUGCUACCGUGCCUGCGUUGUCGUGGACAAAGAUCUACGUGACGGAUGAACUCUGCGACCACAGAUUACCUCUAAGCGUUGUCCGGCAGCAUCAGAUCCUCGUGGUUAAGAGGGGAGGGUGCGACUUCAGUGCGAAGCUGGAGAACAUCCCAGCAUACAAACCGGGCGCGCAGGCGCUGCAGUUGGUGGUUGUCGUGUCGUACGGACAGGACGACGUUGACGGACACAGCGGCGCCGAGGGAGAAGCAGAGGCAGAAGACCACCAAGGCAGUGCCGACGAGAUCCCAAACGAUGAUGGCAGCGCACAUCCUGACACCGCCUACGACGAUCUCAACCUGAUUCGGCCAUACCUGCACCGACGACAAACCACGCCAGCAGGAUUGCCGCGGCGGAACUCGAUCCCGAUGGUUCUCGUGGGCGGUGGGCAGAGGGUGUACAACGCCUUCAAGAACGCGGCGGUCGGUGUGGGAGUCAAGAGACGGUACCACGUCGAGACCAAGGGGGUGAGGAUUGCCAAUCUGGAGAUUGUAUAGGUCUUGAUAGACGACGAAGGGCCAAUGGAUGUCGUGGCCCGUUGCUGUACAUAAACUUUAGUGCCUAUAUGCAGAUGGCGGCUUGGGGGUUUGAUACAUAGAUAGACAUGGUUGAUGAUUGCAUUCGUACAUUAAAGCAGCAGCGAACGUUCAUGCUCG